AUGCCGCCAGAGUAUCCGGAAACUCCAGUUGUGUAUGCACCUGGUGACGAAAUAAUGAGUGAUAUCUCGUUAAAAAUUGAAAAAGAUACCCUAUCCUCUUCGGGAGGGGUCGAAAGUGUAAGUCUCGCUUGGCAAGACUUGUCAUUCACAAUUACAAACUCGAAGACAAAAGAGAAACAGCAUAUUAUUCAAGAUGUAAGCGGGUUCGUGAAACCCGGCGAAGUUAUGGCUAUUAUGGGUCCUUCGGGAGCCGGUAAGUCGACACUCUUGGAUUUAUUAGCCGGUCGUAAAGAUCCGAAAUCGGUGUCUGGUCAAAUGUAUUUGAAUGGUAGACCAGGAGAGAUUAAAUAUGUAUCGACUUAUGUUAUGCAAGAUGAUGCUUUAAUGGGUGUUUUGACUGUUCGCGAGAAUAUCCAGUUUGCGGCUGAUUUAUGUUUUCCAUCAGCAGUAUCAGCCGCUGAUAAACGUGCACGUGUUCAAGGAAUCAUAGAAGAAUUCGGUCUGGAUAGAGUUGCCGAUUCCAAAAUAGGAACUGUAUUUGUGCGCGGUGUUUCUGGCGGCGAAAAACGUCGUGCAUCGAUCGCUUCUCAAGUAAUCACACUACCAAAAGUUAUUUUCCUCGACGAACCAACAACCGGUCUCGAUUCAGCUGCCGCGUAUAAUGUAAUGAAAGCGAUUGUUAGUAUGGCACGAAGACACAAACUCACUGUGAUCGCUAGUAUUCAUCAGCCAUCAACCGAAACUUACGAACUUUUCGACAAAUUGUGUUUAAUUGGUCGUGGACGUACACUUUACAUGGGUAGCCGAGAAGCGGCUCUAAGUUAUUUCGAAGGAUUAGGUCACGUGUGUCCCGCAUAUUCCAAUCCCGCCGAUCAUUUUCUUCGUCUUGUCAAUUCUGAUUUCAUGGCUGAUAAAACUAAAGCACAAGAGCACAUUUCAAACUUUAUCAGUUCAUUCGAAUCAUCACAAGCAAAUACAACAAUGAAAAAUGAGAUUAUUUCAUUAAUUGAACAGCAUAAAGGAGAUGAAGACACCAGAAAGAUUUCUUCACGUACAACAAAUCGCUAUGCUCGUAAUUUCUUUGCACAAACUGGAAUUCUGGUGGCACGAUCCUUCAAAAAUGCUAUGAGAAAUGUACUGAUGUUUUGGAUUCGAGUAGCAAUGUAUGUGUGUUUAGCUUUAUUGAUGGGAUCGACUUGGUGGCAAGUUGGAUUUAAACAAGAAAAUAUCCAAGACCGGUUUUCGGCGCAUUUCUUUUCGGUCGCGUUUUUGGCAUUCAUGAGUGUCGCUGGAAUUCCCGGAUUCCUUGAAGAACGAUUGGUGUUCCAACGAGAACGAGCAAAUGGGUUUUACUCUGUCGGCCCUUAUGUCUUGGCAAACACCAUCAUAUCAAUUCCAUUUGUCUUUAUCAUUGCUCUCUCGUUCACCGUCGUCGCUUAUCCUAUGAUUGGUCUCAAUGCUGGAUUCGAACAUGCUACGUUAUUCUGCGUUUUCCUUUUCCUUGCGUUGAUCGUCGCCGAAUCGAUGGUGGUCUUUAUCGCAGCCAUAAUUCCAAUUUUUGUGGCCGCUCUUACGAUUGCCGCUUUCGCAAACGGAUUCUUUAUGGUUGUCGAAGGAUACUUUGUAAGACGUGACGCGAUUCCAAAAGGAUGGAAAUGGGCUCAUUAUAUCGAUUAUCAAAAAUGGGCAUUCGAAGGAAUCAUUCAGAAUGAUUUUAUCGGUUUGACCUUUGAUUGCAGACAAAUGCCAGAAAAUACCACGAUGUAUAGCUGUUACUAUGGUGAUAAAACUGGUAAUUCGGCUACCUUUACUGGCAAAGAUGUGUUGGAUGAUUUUGGGUAUACAGAGAUAAACCUUGUUUUGUGGGCGUUGGCACUCAUCGGUUUAAUGUUGGUUCUCCGAUUUGGUUUCUAUCUUGUUCUUCGUAUGAAACGAGCUCGUAACUAA